UCCGUGCAUAAUGCAAUGUAAUGGAUUUGCUUUAUAGCCGAGGGCUUGCUGUGGAAAAAUCUACUGAAAAGGAUGUGGUUUGAUGUGACUUUCCUUUGAUGUAGAGAGGGGCACCCACAGACGACCCAGAGAUGAUGUCUAUUCUGGAAACAGUGAUUUCCCCAUCACCAGUUGUAGAUGAUGAUGCACUUACAGCAGGCAUCCAUCCGAUUGAAGGGAACACACAAGGGGUAUCAGAUGGAGUAUUUUCUGAGACAUUUGAUGACAAGAAUCCUUCGGAGGAGAGUGACGUAGCAUUUAUCUCCUCUAGUGAAGUGACCGAAUCUGAAGAAGGAAGCAAUCAUGUAGAACUAGAAGCCCUGGUCGAGACUAGCAAACCAAAGGAAGACUUUACACCAAGUACACUAUGUGUCAACCCAUCCAUCUUGCAAAAUGGUGAAGAGUCUUUGAUCACCCUUGAAGGUGCCCCUCCUCUCAGCCCCUCACAUGGUGAUGAUGAAGUCAGCAAGACGAGGGAUACUACACAAACUGGGGUCAAUGAUAAUGAUGAAUCCAUUCCAAGCCGCUCAGAAUCUUCAGUCGGGCAGACUAGCCUUGUUAAAUGCCCAGACAUCUCUAGCGCUUCAUCAACAGAAGCACAGAUGGGUACUACAGUCGAAGUACAGGCUACCCUGUUACAAGAUGGACCUCCUGCACAAGGCCCUCAUCCCAAUCAGGAAUCGACCAAGGUAGAGGAGCAUUCCCUGAAAUGCCCCGAGUGUGACUUAACGUUCGCCAAUGCUAUAUCCUUGAAUGCACAUCAGCUGACGCAUAAAGCCGACAGCCAGUUUGUGUGUGGUAUAUGCGGCAAGGGCUUCAACACCGAGAGCUUAUUGAGCCGUCACUUCAUAACGCAUUCCGAGAGCCGUCGUUACACCUGUACGCACUGCGGUAGGAUUUUCAGAAACAUCCUGAGUUUCCAGAAACAUGAGAAGCUCCACACUGUAGGGAAGGUCUUCACAUGUAAAGACUGUGGAAAGGCCUUCCGACAUAAGCAUAUCCUACAGAAGCAUCGGUAUAGUCACCGGAAAAAAGUCCGCAUCGAGUACGCGUGCGAACAUUGCAGUGAAUGCUUCUCAACCAUUAAGGAACUACAGCGACAUGAACGCUUUGACCAUGUUAGGAAAGACAAGGGCAACCAGUUCAAACGUCUCCACAAUUGUAAGGAAUGUGGUGAGAGCUUCCAGAGAAGCAGCCAGCUCAAAGAGCACCUCAAGAUUCACGCCGUCCAGAAGCAGAACUUCUGUAAUGAUUGCGGAAGGGGUUACGCUUCGUCAACAGCUCUUCUGAAUCAUCGCUGCUUCCGUGCCAGGAAGACCUCGUUUGCAUGUAAAGAGUGCGGGAGGCGGUUCACGAGUAAACAAGAUGUGUUGGACCAUGAGAGGAUGCACGAGAACGAGAGAGAGUUUGACUGCGAGUUGUGCCCCAAGAGCUUCAACUCUGAGUCUGAGCUCGACGACCACACAGCUGUCCACAGACAACCAAAUAGCUUCAAAUGUAGACAUUGUGAUAAGUGCUUCAAGAAGAAGGGAUUCCUGACCAAUCAUGAGAAGUCACACAAAACAAAAAAGCUCAGAACACAAAAAGUAGGCAAAUCAAAACCGCGGGAACCAGCUCAUAAUCACAUCAUCAGAGAUUUGGAUAAGAAAACGUCGGAGCAACAACAUGAAUCGGUUUUUAUCGAAUCGGAGGGAGUCUACAAAUGCAAAGACUGUGGGAAGACAUUUAAGCAGAAGGGUCAAACGAUUAACCACCAAAGAAAAGAGACCAACCAGCGGACGUUUGUCUGCACCCAGUGCCCCAAUACCUACAUCACCAGUGCUCAUCUGAAGGCUCACGUGCUCACUCAUUCUAAGAAUGCAGAGAAGAAAUGCGAAGGAUGCGGGAGGGAGUUCAACUACAAGAGCAACCUGACAAGCCAUCAGAGACAAUGUCCCCAAAUGGCCGGCAAGAGGAGUGCUGUAACGAACCAUCGUAGGAGGUACAAUCACCAAGCCAAAUCAACAACGUCUGAUGGGAUCGACAAUGGAUCAAAGACGCCACAUAAUGGAGAUACGGAAGAGGAGACAACCCAGGAUGAUACUUUAAGAAACUCACAUGAUGAGAUGAAACAUGUGAGUUAUUAUAAUAAGGAAAUGAGAAUGUACGAAUGCAAGGACUGCGGACAGACUUUCAAGCAAAAGGGCCAAACUGUAUACCACCAGAGGAAGGUCAGUAACGAGCGCCUCUUUGUUUGCAAAGUAUGCAAGAAGGCCUUCCUAACAAGCCCCCAUCUCAAGGCCCAUGAGCUUGUGCACACCACAGAGAAACCACUCUGCUGCGCUGGCUGCGGGAAACGAUUCAACUACAAGUGCAAUCUGAAGACCCAUCAGAGGAACGGAUGCGUCGGCUUGAACCCCGAAGGUGAGCCGGCACUCUCCAAGAUGAAACUGUUUAAGUGCGAGGAGUGCGGGAAGGAGUUCAAGCUGAAAUUGUACUUUGAUAAGCACCAGAAGAUGCACGAACACAAAAGACUCCAGCAAGAGGCCGGGGAAGUUGUGUCUGACCUUGACGAAAUGGGUAGACGCAAAGAGCACCUGUCCGAUUACAAUGAAGAAGACGGAACGUACAAGUGUCGGGACUGUGGGUUACUUUUCAAGCAGUCUGGACAGGCACUGUAUCAUGUCAGGAAGUAUAGCAACGAGAGGAGAUUUGUCUGCAAGGUUUGCCCCAAGAGCUUCCUGACCAGUGCUCAUCUGAAGAGUCACAUCAUGUCCCACACUAAAGAGAAACCAUACAAAUGCUGGUACUGCGGCAAAGGUUUUAAUCACAACUCUAACCGGAAGUACCACCAGAGGAUAUCGUGCAAUGAGAGACCAGCCCCGGGAGAAGGCAGCCGACCUGAAGAGGAGAGCUCCCCUGAGAGCAGUAAGGGUCAGGACGAGGUUAAGAAGCCAAUCGAGUGUGUCGUUUGUAACAAGCAGUUUAAGUUAUCCCAUAGCUGGAAGGUCCACAUGAGGGUCCAUACACGGGAGCAGCCCUUCCUCUGUGAGUACUGUGGUAAGGCUUUCCGCUGUCGGAGCAACCUCUAUGUCCAUCGAAACAGCCACACCAAAGAGAGGCCGUUCUUGUGCAACUACUGCGGUAAAAACUUUGCGCAGUUAUCACAUGUCCGAGUCCACGAAGCAAUCCACAGUACAGAGAAGCCCUACAAGUGUGAGAUAUGUGACAAGAGUUUCAACCAGGAGUUUUAUCUGAAGCGGCAUAAAGUCAUGCACACGGAUGAUCGGCCGUUUUCAUGCUCCUGCGGGAAAUCCUUUAAGUACAGAGGAAGUUUAGUAUCACAUAAGGCAACACACAGCCCAAAGAGACCUUACAGCUGUCACCUGUGUGAGAAAGCCUUCAAGCAGAGCUGCCACCUCAAAGUCCACAUCCUGACGCACGGCGAAACGAAACCGUACAAGUGUGACAAAUGCCAGAAGGCGUUCAUUCGUAAGAAUCAGCUAAGCCGCCACCAGAGAAGCCACAGCGACGAGCGGUGUUACGCCUGCCCAGUGUGCGGGAAGGACUUCAAGCACAGCUCCAGUAUGAAACGACACCAGGAACGCAAACACAAGGAGAACGUGGAGAUGAGCGUCGACACCGCAACACAAGAAGCGCAGCCCGUGUAUGAUAGCUUACCAUUCCCGCAAACCCCAACAGAGAAGGACGACAUGCCUGUUGCGAAACCCAAGACACAGUGGCCUGCUCCCGUGCUUGAUGGCAGAGCGAACCUAGAUCAGGGUAGUCAGAUGAACAUAGGCGGGCAGAUCGAGGCAAGUAAUGUGUCAGCCCAGCGUGUAGAUAACAGGGUACUAACUCAGAUGGAUGGAACAAGGAUGACCAGUCAGCCGGUCGACUGCAGAAUGACCAACCAACCAAUAGACUACAGGGUGUCCCCACAGAUGCCUGACGGUCGGAUCCAGGCAUCCCAAUCCCUUGUCUCGGGUCAUUUGGGACUAUCUGGUCAUCCGGUUUACUCUGAGGCUCAAUAUAUACAAGGUCCAGAGUUUGCGUCAGUCCACCUGCCACAUAUCGGUACGUUUGACUUCAGGACUAACACAACCGGUAAUGUAGAUUACACUGUACUGUAAAUGUUUACACGUAUGUUUUAAGGCUAAGGUCUCAUCCAGCGCAAUUACCCAGGGCGGUUUAGCAGGACUAGAAAGAAAUUGGGAAAUAACUGGACUUUUUUACUGAACCAGAUUAUUUAUUGAAAAGACCAGAGUCAACAUGUACAUGCGAACUGUUUUAUUAAAAAAAACAGCAAGACUAUGAGAACAUUUAUCUCAUAAUUUUGUCAUUUAUGGGCAAGUAUUCUCUGAUACUCAGCAGAAUUGAAAGGUAAUACUUGAGCAUCUUUUUGUUAUGGCCUUGCUCAAGUGUAAAUUUUAAGCCUUGGUUUAAAGGCAGUGGACACUAUUGGUAAUUACGUAGUGGGGAGAGGUUGAUAGUAUAAAACAUUGUGAGA